AUGGAGAGAAUAGACGUCCAUGUCCACUGUGUGCCACCGGCCUAUCGCGAAUACUGCCUGCAGAAUGACUUUGCGGGAAAAGGGCAUCCGGAUGGCAUGCCGGCCAUCCCCGAGUGGGACCCGGAAACUCAUAUUGAUUUGAUGAAGCGCUUGAACAUCACCAAGUCCAUUUUGAGCAUCUCAUCCCCGGGAACUCAUUUGACGCCAGGCAAUGACGAGGAGGCGCGAUCUCUGACCCGCCGCGUGAACGUCGACAUGUCCAAAAUUUGCGCUGACAAUCCAGAUCAUUUUCUAUUCUUUGCUUCGCUUCCUCUGCCGGACACUGAAGGCUCCCUUUCCGAGAUCGACUAUGCGCUUGACCACCUGGGCGCAGUCGGAUUUCAAAUUCUGACCAACUCGCACGGCAUCUACCCGGGAGAUCCACGCUUCAGCAAAGUUUUCGACAGGCUAAGUGAGCUGAAAGCUAUUGUUUUCUGUCAUCCAACCAGCUGCAACAUUCACAAUAGGCAGGAUGGAUCCGUCACUCGGGCGACGCCUCAAUUUGGUGUGCCGAGCCCGAUGAUGGAAUUCAUGUUUGAUUCGACCCGGUCGCUCAUGAGUCUCCUUACAUCAGGUACGGUAAAGAGAUGUCCUGGCAUUACAUUCUUGGCAUGCCAUUGUGGAGGCACGUUUCCACCGGUGAUGGAGCGGAUUGCCCAGUUCUCUCAAGUGUUGCUCAGUCCAGAGCUACGAGUUACCGGAGACGAGGUGAAGGAGAUGCUCCAAACGCGUUUCUACUUCGACCUUGCAGGGUUGCCAUUCCCUGAUCAAAUCCACGGUCUUCUUCGAUUAGUGGAUUCGUCAAGACUGUUGUAUGGGAGCGACUACCCUUACACACCGGUGCCAGCCGUACUAGCAUUUGCUAAGAAAAUGGAUGAUGGGUUUACAAGUGAGUUUUUACCUGAAGUGAAAGAAAAUGUGUAUCUUAAGAAUGCCCAGGAGUUUCUUGCUAGAGCUCCUCAUCAUUAG